AUGGCGCAACUACCAGUGCAGACCCUCCACCGGGAUCCCCAGUUAUUCUACUGGAUCCUGAUCCCCAUCACCGUUGUCAUGGUUCUUACCGGAGUCCUUCGUCAUUACGCUUCCGUCCUCAUGGCUACCGCGCCCAAGAAGCUCGAUGCCAAGGGCAUGCGGGAGCAGCGCGCCUUGGCUCACGGCGUCACGCUCCGGUCAAACUAUCACGUCCUCUCGCAAAAAGCCUUUGAGCAACGGCGGGAGACUCUGUGCGCCGGGUACGAGUCGGGUGCAUACCUCAAGGAGCCGGACCGCAAGGGUCAGCCGCCGGCCAACCCGCUCACGGACCCUGGCGCCAUGGACGGCAUGAUGGGCAUGAUGAAGAACAACAUGGCCAUGAUUAUUCCGAAUACGCUUAUUAUGAGUUGGAUUAACGCCUUUUUUAGUGGCUACGUCAUCAUGAAAUUGCCUUUCCCUAUUACCAUCAAGUUCAAGAGCAUGUUGCAGGCUGGUGUGCAGACCAAGGACAUGGAUCCCCGGUGGAUGUCAAGUAUCAGCUGGUACUUUCUCUGCAUCUUUGGCCUCCAAUUCGUUUACGUAUUUCUCCUUGGAAGCGACAAUGCCGCUAGUCAAAUGGCGCAACAAAUGGCGGCGCAGCAAAUGCCAAUGAACCCUAUGGGCGGCCCCGGACAGGACCCCGACAAGCAGUUCAAGACUGAGGCCGAGAAUCUGGCGGUCAUUGAGCACUACUCAGUAUUGGACGACGUUGAGGAGCGUCUGCUUCAGGGUAUCAAGUCGUAG